AUGACAUACCUAAAUCCGGACAAUCAGACGCACUUGGUGCGUUUCAAGGAGAGACUGCUGAUCGAUCGUCUUGUCCAGUGUAUUCAGCUCUGUGCCUACCGUCUGCCCCGUCAUGCUCCCCCCUCGACCUCAUGGACCAAGUUGCAGGCCGCCGAUUCCUCCGACAGCACCCCUUCUGUACAGCCUACUACCACCACGACCACGACCACCGCCGCCGCCAGCAACACGACCUCCUCGGAUUCAGCUGAGGCCUCUUCACCCACAAUCGUCCCCGUUGAACACCAGCCUGACCAACAAACACUGCUCACUUGCUUACUCGGCAUCUUCCGCUUCUUUGUCAAUGUUUCUCAUGGUGAGUACGCCAGCGAUCGUCUAGGCGGCUGUCCGGGCCUGCUGGAGGCCACUCUCGACUGCCUCUUUCAUUUGCCCGAGAAGUUACCGCCAAGCCGUCGCUUUGACCUCCUCGUGCUCAUUCUCUGUCUGUUGGCCAACCUGUGUGAACACUGUUCAGAGAACCGCAUCCGCCUAGUUCAUCUGGAGGUGCCCACGGAGGCCGCGAAUGUGGUAGCGGAUACGGCAUCCUCUUCUCCCCACCUGAAUGGGCAAGCAGAGACCGGAACUGCUGCCUCUGCUUCUGCCACUGCCCAGUUGGUGGAAGAGGUCGGCUACGAUGAGGAUGAAGACGCGGAGGAUUUGGACGGAGAUGGGUGUUCUCCCAAAAAACGCGUCAUGAUCUCUGCUCUGGAUGAGAUUGUCAAGGUAAGCCCCGCCUCCUCCUCCUCCUCCUCCUCCCUGUCUUUAUUACGGGCACGCUGA